GGGAUUCCGAGCUGAAUUCUUCCCUUUCCACGCCGCUGUUGCGCUCUACCCAGCCGGGGCAUUUUGCUCAGAUUGCUCUCGGGGCAAAAAAAACACACACAAACACACACUUUCCGAUCGUCUUUCUUGUCGGAUCCUGUACUUCGUGAUAUCUCUGAGCUUCCUGUUUCGUCCCCGCACUUCUGUGCACUGAACCGGACCGCCGCCGGUAUGGAUUGAUGUGAUUUUUUUCCGCCUGGCCAAGUUUUCGAUCCGGUCACCAGCUCCAUGUUUCUCGGGGCGACUUUUCCGAAGUGACCGGCUCGCGGAUGGUUUCGGAGGCGCUGUGGGUGAACUGUUUGAUCGGGAAAGUGUGAAGGGGAGGAGAAGGGUCGGGGCCGGAUUUCAACACGGACUCCGAGUGGCUUUAUUAUUAUUAUUAUUAUUCUUGCUGUUUUUGGGUUGGAAACCAAACAAACAUUUUUGUUUGAGCUGAAAGUGAUGGCGGAGCGGGGAGCGCGCGUGCUCCUCUCUCUCCUCUGCCUCACCUCUGCGUGCUCGCUCGCGCCUGCACGCGCUCAGAAAGGCUCCGUCAAGAGGCACUUCAGCCCUUUCUGGUUCUCGGUGGAACCCUCAGAUACGUUGGCAGUGAGGGGAUCCCCUGCGUUACUCAACUGCUCCGUCUCCAGCGAGCUCCCUGCCAAGGUGCACUGGAAGAAAGAUGGCGUCUUGCUCAACCUGGACGACAGGCGGCAGGUCCUCCCCGACGGCUCGCUGCUCAUCAGCUCCGUCAUGCACUCCAAACACAACAAACCCGACGAGGGCAUCUACCAGUGCGUGGCUACCAUCGAGAACCUGGGCACCAUCAGCAGCCGCACCGCCAGGCUCAACGUCGCAGGUACACCUCGUUUCUCUGGGCAGCCCGAGACGGCAUCUGUGCAUCUCGGGGACACCCAGGUGCUCAGCUGCGAGGUCAACGCCGACUUGGUGAGCUUUAUUCGCUGGGAGCGUGAUAAGGAGCCGGUGCUACUGGACCAGAGAGUGUACAUGCUACCCAGCGGUGCUCUGGUCAUCAGCAAUGCCACGGAGGUGGACGCAGGGCUGUACCGCUGCGUGCUGGAAAAUGCAGGACCUACCAAGACCAGCGACGAGGCUGAGCUCCAGAUCCUGCCUGAAACAUGGGAGGUGCGGAAGCUGGAGUUCCUCAUGCAGCCAGGCUCGGUGUCCAGGGUGGUGGGGCAGAACGUACUGCUCCCCUGUGUGGUGAGCGGAUUCCCUGCGGCCUCGGUUCGCUGGAUGCGGGAUGAUAGAGUCAUCGAUGACGGUGACAGUCGCUUUGAGCUGCUCAGCGGGGGCAGUCUACAGAUCUUUAACUUGACCGAAGAGGACGGUGGGAUGUAUAGCUGCCUGGCGGAUAACGCAAACAACUCGGUUGAAGCCCGGGCUGAGCUCACCGUACAAGUUCCUCCAAGGUUUCUAAAGACGCCGACUAACACUUACGCACACGAGGCUAUGGACAUCGUGUUCGAAUGCGAGGCCACCGGAUCCCCAGCCCCAACCAUCAAAUGGGUAAAAAACGGAGACGCCGUGGUUCCGAGUGACUAUUUCCGAAUUCUGAAAGAGCAGAAUCUGCAGGUGCAGGGCCUGGUGAAGACAGAUGAGGGGUUUUAUCAGUGUCUAGCCGAGAACGAAGUGGGCAACGUACAAGCCAGCGCUCAGCUCGUCAUUCUAGACCAAGCCACCCCCUCUUCCUCACCCACACUGAUCCGUGCCACUGCUGACCGUGUGACACCAGGCUCAGGAGGCAGCUCCGGCUCCAACCCCGGCCCUGGCCCCGUUCCCGGUCCUGUGCCUUCGCCCCCCCGUGACGUAGUGGCUUCGCUCGUCUCCACCCGCUUCAUCAAGCUGACCUGGCGCCUGCCGCUCGAGCCACACGGCGAUGACAUCACUUACUCUGUCUACUAUGGACUGGAGGGCGCCAAAAGGGAGAGGACGGUGAACACCAGCCGUCCAGGAGAAACGCAGGUCACCAUCCAGAACCUCAAGCCAGACACCAAGUACUCCUUUCGUGUGGUGGCGUACAAUAAGCACGGCCGUGGGGAGAGCUCGGCGGUGCUGAAAGUCGCCACCCAGCCAGAAGUUCAAGUGCCAGGACCUGCUCCUAACUUCCAAGCCGUGGUCCAGACGUCCACUUCAGUCAGCAUGAGUUGGGACAAACCGCUCACCGGCAACGGAGACAUCCAGAACUACAAAGUUUACUACAUGGAGAAAAACCUGGGCAAUGAGAAGGACGUUGAGGUUAGUGGACUGUCCUACACAAUGACUGGGCUGAAGAAGUUCACCGAGUACAACUUCAGAGUCGUGGCCUACAACAAGCACGGACCCGGCGUCUCCACAGAUGACGUGUCAGUGCGCACGUAUUCGGAUGUCCCCAGUGCGGCGCCCCAGAACAUGACUGUGGAGGUGCUGAACUCGAAGAGCGUCAUGGUGCGAUGGCAGCCUCCUCCAGCCGACGCUCAGAACGGGGAGAUCGUCGACUACAAGAUUCGCUACAAGAAGGGCACGAGGAAGAGCGAACCUUUGGAGAUCACCACAGGAAACCAGCUCAGCAAACUCAUAGACGGUCUGCAGCGUGGCACAGAGUACUCUGUCCGUGUCUCAGCCAUAACUGUGAACGGCUCGGGCCCUGCAACUGACUGGACCACCGUCGAGACCUUCGAGAGCGAUUUGGACGAGUCCCGCGUACCCGACGUGCCUGGAUCUUUACACGUCCGGCCACUGGUCAACAGCAUUGUGGUGAGCUGGUCUCCUCCAGAGAACCAGGACAUCAUGGUUAGAGGCUACAUCAUAGGCUAUGGAAUCGGGAACCCUCACAGCCAAACGAUUAAAGUUGACUACAAACAAAGAUAUUACAACAUCGAGAACCUUGAUCCCAGCUCGCACUACGUGAUCACGCUGAAGGCCUUCAACAACGUGGGUGAAGGCAUCCCGGUGUACGAGAGUGCCGUCACACGACCCCAGACAGACCCCAUAGACCCUGAUGUUGAUUUGUACGAACUUUUCCAUCCUCCAUACACUCCAGUACCAGACCCCAUUCCCAUGAUGCCUCCUGUGGGUGUUCAGGCUUCGGUUCUGAGCCAUGACACCAUCAAAGUCACAUGGGCCGACAACUCGCUGCCCAAGAACCAGAAAAUCACAGAUGCGCGCUUCUACACUGUGCGCUGGAAGACCAACAUACCAGCAAACACCAAGUUCAAGACGGCCAACACUACCAACCUGAGUCACGUGGUGACAGGUCUGAAGCCCAACACUCUGUACGAGUUUUCCGUCAUGGUCACUAAAGGCAGGAAAACCAGCACGUGGAGUAUGACGGCUCACGGGACGACGUUAGAAGCCACGCCCAGUUCAGCCCCGAAAGAUGUGACCGUGGUCAGUAAGGAGGGUCGUCCACGCACCAUCAUAGUCAACUGGCAGCCUCCUUCCGAAGCCAAUGGCAAAAUUACAGGCUACAUUAUCUACUACAGCACUGAUGUCAAUGCCGAGGUACACGACUGGGUGAUUGAGCCGGUGGUGGGGAACCGACUCACUCACCAGAUCCAGGAGCUGACCCUUGACACAACAUACUACUUCAAAAUCCAGGCUCGCAACUCCAAAGGCAUGGGGCCCAUGUCUGACGCAGUCCAGUUCCGCACUCUUAAAGCUGAAUCAUCAGACAAAAUGGCUAAUGACCAAGCUUCUGGGAUUCCCGGGAAACCAGGCAGACCACCUACACUAGACCCUGGUAUUGGGAAAUCAGGGAUGCCUGGUAGUGAAAACCACAUCUUGGUGAUCGUCAUCAUCGUGUCUGUGGGAGGCUUCAUCAUCAUCGCGUUAGUGGUGGGAGCGUUACUGUGCUCGCGCCGCUCCACCUCCCAGCAGAAAAAGAAACGUGCAGCCUGCAAGUCCAGCAACGGCUCCCACAAGUACAAAGGCAAUUCCAAAGACCUCAAACCCCCUGAUCUCUGGAUCCACCAUGAGCGCUUGGAGCUCAAACCCAUCGAUAAAUCACCCGAGCCCAAUCCGGUCAUGACGGACACCCCGAUUCCUCGUUCCUCCCAGGACAUCACUCCUGUAGACGGCACCAUGGACCCCAUCCUCCAGAGACGCAAUUCAUACCGCGGCCAUGAGUCAGAGGACAGCAUGUCUACGCUGGCAGGUCGGCGUGGAAUGAGGCCUAAAAUGAUGAUGCCCUUUGAUGCUCAGCCCCCUCAGCCCGUGAUUAGUGCUCACCCCAUCCAUUCCCUUGAUAACCAUCACCACCAUUAUCACCUCGGCAGCCUGGCCUCCCCGACACACAACUAUCUGCAACACACGAGCAGCCCGCGGGCCCUCACCUCCUCCAUCUCUUAUCUAGACAGGGCCGAGUCGCCAGAGUCUGUGAGAAACACUCCCACUACGGACCUGCUGCCUGCCUCGGCUCAGCCCUCCUGCUCCAUCGAUCACUCGGAGACCGACAUCAGUUACCACAGCUCAGCGGCCGAGGAUGAGCCCAGCUACAACCCCCCAACGGCACACGUGCGCCCCACACACCCGCUCAAGAGCUUCGCCGUGCCCUCAGUGCCCGCCCACGGCUCCGCCUAUGAGGGAGUUGCUCUGCCUAGCACGCCCCUGCUUUCUCAGACAGGUCCUCAUUCAGUCAAGACCGCCUCCAUCGGGACACUGGGCAGGACGAGGACGCCCAUGCCAGUAAUCGUGCCCAACGCACCAGACGUGUCAGACAGCAGCAGAAUGCUGGAGGAAUGCGAGAGUCUCCACUGCCUGUCUCCUUUAUAACUUCCUUUAUAAAAUUCCAUCCCUGAGCUUUAUUUUUUUUUUUUAACCUCCUCAAAGCGUGUUCUCUUUCCCUUCCCUCCCUCCUGCAUUAACCCUCUCCCUCUUUCUCAGAAGUACGAGAAGGACGAGCUGUCGGAGGAGAUGGCCCAUCUGGAGGGCUUAAUGAAGGACCUAAACGCCAUCACCACGGCCUGAGCACAAUCUCUACACCCUAACACACACACACACACACACACACACACACGCUUACUUCUGUCCACACAACCCGCCACGGCAUGGACAAAGUUCUCAGUCCUUCACAGAACCGAAUGAGAGAAAAUUGAACAUUUUUGGCUCGCCUUGCUAACUCUCAGGAAGGAAACGGCCAUCGGUUAAAGGAGUGAGGAACAUUUUGGGUACUGAUUCCUUCUGGAACGUGUCUUUUUAUUAUUUUAUUUUUCGCUCUUCGGAGACGCUGUUUGUUACCUUACGAAUUAAAAAAAAAAAAAGGAAGAUUACAGUAUGCUGGUGUUCGUGCUGGUGCUCAAGGCACAAUUUACAGUGUUUCAUUUGUGCGUUUUUGUAUCUCUCAAUCUCCUUCUCUCUCCCUAUAUAUAUAUAAUCUCCCUCUAUAUAUAUAUAUAUAUAUAUAUAUUUCCACCCGUUCCAGUGAGGUGAACAUUGGACACUGUCCCUUUUAUUUUUUCAUUUUUGUAUUACGCAUAUCGAUCGAAUGACAUCGUUCCUUUUUUUGUACGUCAUCUUAUUAUUUUCUAUGGGUUUUUUUUAAUUAUUAUUAUUUUAUAUACAUAUACGCUUAAAGAUAUGUAUAUAAGGUCAAAACUGCCUCAUACUUCUUUUUUUUUUAAAUAGCAAUGUUUUCAGAGGAGAGCGCGUCAGCCCCAUCAGCCUUACGGGGUUUCCCCGUCACCGAGAAAGUCCGACGCUCUGCGGAGGCUGGACGACGCGUCGGACAUUCGGGUCGUCCUCGGUACGAGACGAAAAAACAAACGAUUUUUUUUUGCCGAACGGGAGCUCCUUUCAGAAUAUUGCCUUACACUUCUGUCUGCACGGACACUCGUCCUUCGAGGAGGGAAGCAAAAAUCAUCCACCGCUCGUGUGUCACCUGCCACUGUGAUAUACAGACGCGCUCUCGUACGGAGCCGUGAGCGCGCCGCCUGCUAGACUGCGGCUUACGUUCUCGUCACUGGUGUCCCGGUGCUCUGGUUUGUUUUAAUUUUUUUUUUUUUGACUUCAACUUCAUACAGACUUCAUCAUCUUUGGACACUGAUGUUACACAAUAAAAUGCAGUAUACACUACAGUCCUUAGAUUUUCUGAAGACGCAUACACGAGUGCGAACACGGCAAUGCUCCCAAUGAUCCUCCACUUAGUCUUUUCCUUUGUGUUUUUAUUUUUCCUCACAUGUAGCUGUUUUUUUUUAUAUGAAGAAUUUCAUUGUGAAUGAGAAAUGAAAUAUGUGGCAGUCUGGGAAAACCCUUGCAUCCGGAUCGAAAACUUUUCAGAAAGCGUCACUGUGGAAAUGUUUUCAUUUUUACUUUUAAUUUUCUAGCAAAGUGAUGUCGGAGAUCGGCGAAAUCGGAUUAUAUCUCGUGACACACUGAUCCAGGUUCAGAUUGUAAUGUUUCCGUCUGUUACAGUGCUGCCGUCUGUACGUUUCUCCCUGUAAAUCCAGAUCCGUCAAUUAAGACACAUUUCAGCGCACGGAGGGUUUUUCCCAGGCCGCCGACGCAGACGUUCUCCUGCUGGAAAAAUCAUUUUUCCUCCCCCCCCCUUCUUUUCAACCCAAAGAGCAGCAUCACUUGCAAUCGUAUCAUUCGCUCGACUUUGAUUACUUCAGUGUCAUAUUUUUUCCCCCCAUCUUCUUGAAUGUGGGGUAUGACUGUGAGGAAUCGCCGGGUUACAGGAACACGUUCAGCGCUUGGACGACAUUUGUACUUAUUUGGGAUAAAAUACUACGUUGUUAGACAGUAUACCUUUUUUGCACUUUUUUCAACAGGUUCUGGAAAAAAAAGAGAGAAAAAAAAACAUUUCUUACAUAUCCUGUGUUUUCAAUAUAAAAGUUCUAUUUGUGUAAUGUAGUGUCAUAGCUUUUAGCAGUAGGCAGCUGGUCUUGUUCAUUUUUGUUUUUUUGUUUUGUUUCGUUUGCCUCUGAAACGGUAUUUGAGCGACAGGUUUUACUGUGUUCCAGAUGAGGAAUUUUAUUGUUGCUUAUUUCUGUACAAAGAUCUUUUUUGCUGUCUGUAGAAUAAUCUGUGGCUUUUUAAAAAACAAAAAAAAACAAAACAAGUUCUAAAAUAUG